AUGGACCCCGUCAUCAUUACGCCGGAUGACGUAGCUGAGGCGGUCCGUAGGGCCCCGAACUGGAAAAGUCCGGGACUCGACGGACUGCAUCACUACUGGCUGAAGGGGUUCGUGGUGUGUCACGCUGUUCUCGCCCGACAGUUUCAAGAGGCUCUCGACCAAAAGUCGCUCCCGAGCCUCUUCACUACUGGGAUCACUCAUCUGGUUCCUAAAGACCGAGAUUCCACAGACCCGAGCAAAUACCGCCCCAUAACGUGUCUACCUACCAUAUACAAGACACUCACAUCCAUUUUGAGCGCGAGAAUCACUCGUCACCUGAACUCAAAUCAGGUGAUGUCGCGCGCUCAAAAUGGAUGUCGGGGCGGUGGUCGUGGAACCAAGGAACCACUCCUCAUUGACGCGGUCAUUGGCAAAGUGGUUAAACGCAACCGUCGGAACCUCUCCGCCGCCUGGAUAGACUACAAAAAGGCAUUCGACUCGGUGCCUCAUACAUGGCUGAAGAGGGUCCUCGAGCUGUACAAGGUUGACUGUACAGUUCGAGACUUCCUCGGGCAGUGUAUGGGGCAGUGGAGUACGAUCCUUUGUCAUCUAGGCGAGCGGAUGACGGCUGCGGAGAACCACAUAAGGAUAAGAAGGGGUAUCUUCCAGGGCGAUUGUCUGAGUCCAAUCUGGUUCUGCCUCUCUCUGAACCCUCUUAGUACCUUACUGGAGGGUUCCGGGAGGGGAUUUCAGCUUCGGAGAGGAGGUACAAAAGUGACCCACCUUUUCUAUAUGGAUGAUCUCAAGUUAUUCGCCUCCAGUCGCUCUCAUCUUAUGGAAUUGCUAAACAUCACUUGUGAUUUUAGCAAUUCUAUUAGAAUGGAGCUGGGGACGGAUAAGUGUGCGAUCCUCCAUGUCGAAAGGGGUAGGGUUGCUAACUCUGAGGGCAUAGACUUAUCUAUGCCCAUCAACAUAAAGACCCUAUCCGAGGCUGAAACAUACCGAUACCUGGGUAUGUCACAAAACAUAGGUAUCGAUGAGGCGGACAUGAAACGGUCAGUUUGCGGUGUGUUUUAUGCACGCUUGACAAAAGUGCUCAACAGUCUUUUGUCGGGCGUUAAUAAGACACAUGCAUAUAACGGUUGGAUCAUGCCUGUUCUCAUGUAUACCUUUGGCAUGCUCAGGUGGACUCAGACCGAACUGAACGCUCUGGACAGAAAAGUCCGCACUAUAAUGACGUCCCACAGGAUGCAUCAUCCGAGAUCGUCAGUAAUGAGGCUGUACUUGCCGCGGAAGCAUGGGGGAAGAGGUCUCAUUGACCUAAGGCGGCUUUAUUCCAAGCUAAUAAAAAACUUGCAAAAUUACUUUCUCAGCAAAGAGUCGUCUCCCUUACACCAAACAGUUACUUUAGCGGAUAAUGGCUAUACUCCACUAGAUCUUCUUCAUUCUAAAGAAGUUGAGCCCUUGGUUGCUGAUGCCGAAUACCUUAAGGCCAAACUUAACCAGUGGGCCUCAAAACCACUACAUGGAAGGUUUGCCCACGAGCUUAGAGGCCCUCACGUUGAUAUUGCAGCGUCGACCUGUUGGUUGCGCCGCGGGGAACUGUUUGCAGAAACUGAGGGUUUUAUGAUAGCAAUACAGGAUCAAGUAAUUCCGACAAAGAAUUACCUAAAAUACAUAGCCAAAACAAAUGUCGAAGAUGACCUAUGCAGACGAUGCUAUCAGAAACCUGAAACGAUCCAACAUAUCACGGGUUCGUGCCAGGCUCUUGCUGCAUCAGAAUACACUCAGCGUCAUAACGAUGUCGCCAAAAUAAUCCAUCUAGCACUGGGCCGAAAAUAUGAUCUAUUGAAGGAUGACAAUCCGUACUGGAAAUAUUCCCCUAGUCCCGUGCUGGAAAAUGACAACAUUCAACUAUAUUGGGAUAGAUCAGUCCUAACAGACCGGUCCGUCCCCCAUAAUCGGCCAGAUAUUAUAAUUCUUUAUAAAAAGGAGAAACGGGCUUGUCUGUUAGACAUUGGGGUUCCUAACUCGCAUAAUGUUCAGCAAUAUAUAAUGAAAAAAAAGACAAAAUACCAACCGCUUGCUGAAGAAGUGAGACAAAUGUGGCUUCAGGAUGAAGUAGAAGUCCUUCCCCUCAUAAUCUCAACUACAGGAAUAAUACCGCAGCAGCUUAAUGAAAAUCUUGCUAAGCUAGACCUACCAAUGUCCGUUAGGAACAAUAUUCAAAAAGCUGUUAUCCUAAGGACAACUGCCAUUGUGAGGAAGCAUCUUGCCCUAUAA